CUUAAACAAGCCGGUUGCAUACCAUCUUGGCUGUAUAACACACGUUGUUUUGUUGUGCCAUAUGAUCGCUACGAUUUUGGGCCUGCUGAAGGGUUCUUGUGUUUUUUUACGAAUAUUUUAAACCAAAGAUGACUUCAAACAUUUUAAAAAGAGCCAUUCUUCUUCCGUGGACGCCAAGAGUGCAAAUCUUACGGUUUGGUAAGACGAAAGUCAACAUUCAAAGGCCACAUCCUCCUCACCCUAGUAAACUUAUGAUGUUGGAGGUCACGAAACCAAAGUUCCCGGAGCCACCGCCGUUAAUUACAGAGAUUUGCACCAAAAGCUCAGACAAAAAUUACAACAAAGAAGAGAUUGAUAAUCCGUAUGAACGAAUCCUUGCCAGGGAAUUGAUGGAAUCGGUAGAAAGCUCCGAAUUUGUGUGCAUUUUUCAAGAUUUGUUCAUGAAUGGCGAAGAAAGAUACAAUGAGUUUGCAAUUUUGAAGCGGAAAGGAAUCCACCUGCAAACAUUUGGCAAGCAAGUUGCGACUCGCGCAUUUAAAGGGACAAAAUACGAGGCCAUCCUGCCCCUCAUGAUCUACCACAACUCGAUAGCGUUUGCUGAAAAAUCGUCAGCAGUGAAAACACUCAUGUCUCUGAAGAAAAAGAUUCGCCACCACGUUUUAAUCGCUGGAAUCGUGGAAGACCGGUUGAUGACUGUGUCCCAGCUGGAAAAAUACGCCGCCCUGCCAGACCUGACGAUGGCCAGAGCGCAGUUGGUGUCUGUCCUGAACAGUGCGGGCGGCACUCUGGUUUCCCAGCUGAACACGCACCAGCAAAACUUUGUGUCCAACCUUGAGUCCCGAAUGGAGCAGUUGAAAAGUGGAUAAAGACAUUUGAUUAUGAGUUUAAAUAGUUGAGAU